AAAACUUUUUCUGUGGUCUGUACUGGUCGCUGGGGCAGUCGCAGUGGGCUCUCGUCGCGAUGUGCUGCCGUAUUUAGGUUUUGUGUUAAAGAAUAAUAAACGUGCGUCUGUUCAAAAUUGUAUGGCUAUUUGGUGUUGAAACAGCCGAAACAUUUGUGUUCUUAAUGGUUUCCGGUGAUGAUUUCAAUGGUGGCAGAUUACCGCGAAAAACAACUAGAUCUCCGAAUAGAAAAUCAAAGAAGGUUGAUGCAGAUGUAGUAAAAGGAUCAGCGUUGCGAAAUGAAUCGCAAUCCUCAGUCCACAAAAGAAACCUCUACGUGGUUUCCUUUCCGAUUAUUAUUCUUUUCAACCUGUUACGAUCCAUUUUAUAUCAGUUAUUUAUAAUUUUCAAAUAUUUGUAUUCUGCAUCACAUCGGUUUAUCCAUAGGCCUCGUAAAAGUGGUGAGUGCAACUUAGAAGUGGUUGUUAAAGACGGGAUUAUAUCGACAGAAAUUGUCCACGCUGAAGAAAUGCCCUAUACAAAUAAUGUUGGACCAGGAGAUCCAUUACUAGCCAAACAGAAGCAUCAUCAUCGCAAGGCUUUUGAAUACAUAUCGAAAGCAUUGAAGAUAGAUGAGGAAAAUGAAGGUCAAAAAGAACUAGCCAUAGAAUUAUAUAAAAAAGGGAUCUAUGAAUUGGAGCGCGGCAUUGCUGUGGAUUGCUGGGGAGGUCGUGGAGAUGCAUGGCAAAGAGCUCAAAGACUACAUGAAAAAAUGAAAACUAAUCUGGGAAUGGCGAAAGACCGGUUACAUUUUCUUGCCAACCUUGUGGCCCUGAGUAAAUUGGGGGUUGAAACUGAGCCUGAGAGGAGUGAAAAAAAACCUAUGGAGUCGCCAUUAAAGGCGAGAAGGCCACUAGAGAAGUCGAAGACGACACUGCUAGCCCAUACAGAAAGUAACAGUGGUCAAACGAAGCCACCAACUGAAGUGGCCGGUCGUAAGCUAACAACAGCCAGCAGAAGGACACAGAGUGGGAUGGGCGGGCCCCUGAUGAAGUCCCAAACUCUACCUCGCUCUAUGGGCAGGUCAUCUUCGCAGCCGAAUAGCUCGAACGGUGGCUACAGUAGAUAUCCAAUGAAGCCGGCGUCCACACCGCCAGCUGUCAAACGACAAUUAUCUGGCGCAUAUCAGGUACCGGCAAACGGUUCACCAGUAAGAAGAGCAGUAAGUGGCGGCUCGCAGCGCGGCACGCCCACUAGAAGCAGAACCCCGCAGUCGACGCUUUCAGUACGAGGUGUCGAUCCCAAGCUGGUCCAACUUAUACUGGACGAAAUUGUUGAAGGUGGGCCUAAGGUACACUGGGAGGAUAUUGCUGGGCAGGAUGCAGCUAAACAAGCGUUACAAGAAAUGGUCGUGCUUCCCUCGUUAAGACCAGAAUUGUUUACGGGUUUGCGGUCUCCUGCUAAAGGGCUGUUAUUGUUUGGACCGCCAGGAAAUGGUAAGACGUUAUUAGCAAGGUGCGUAGCGGCGGAGUGUUCAGCAACCUUCUUCUCAAUAUCUGCCGCCACUCUCACAAGCAAGUACGUUGGUGACGGGGAGAAGAUGGUUCGAGCGCUCUUUCAAGUCGCGAGAGAGUUGCAGCCGUCAAUAAUAUUCGUGGAUGAAGUGGACUCUUUGUUAUGCGAGCGGUCAACGGGCGAGCAUGAGGCGUCAAGAAGACUUAAAACCGAGUUCUUGGUGGAGUUUGAUGGGUUACCUGCUGCGGGGGCAGACAGACUUAUUGUUAUGGCCGCCACUAAUCGCCCUCAAGAGUUGGAUGAAGCUGCUUUGAGACGAUUUCCAAAACGCGUGUACGUUACGUUGCCGGAUUCACGUACGCGUGGAGCUCUGUUGCGUCGCGUGCUUUCCCGUGGCUCAGCGGCCGCUUCUAUUAGUGAGGAUGAAUUGGCGAGACUCUCUGCACUAACAGAUGGAUAUUCGGGCAGCGAUCUUACUGCCCUUUGUAGGGAUGCAGCGCUGGGACCGAUAAGAGAACUAGAUCCAGAAGAAGUGAAAUGCUUGGAUCUCUCGCUCGUUCGCAACAUAAUGUACCAGGACUUUAUGGAUGCGUUGAAGCGAAUUCGGCCGUCGGUGUCUCCGCACAGUCUUGUCGCGUACGAGAAAUGGUCCGUUCAGUACGGCGAGCUUGGCGUAUGAAUACAGUGAUUGUUAUACAGGUACUAUUUUAUACAAGGAUCGUAAGAAGAUUUCAGAAGCGUCGGAUCAAUAUGGUUGCGUAAUAUGAAUGAAUUUUGUUGUAAAUUUUAUUAAUGUCGCUCAAAUGCCCAGCAAUUCCAAUAAUUGUUUUGACAUAUUUUGAUUAUAAUUGUAGUGUAAAGUUUAAUUUAAACUGGUCUAGUCAGGGGUUUCGUAGUUCAAUCAGCCAGAUGUAUGGCCAUACCAAUUCAAAUGUAGUUAAUAGAAUAGCUCCUAAGAUGUAAUACGGCUGAAUUAAGAAGUCGCUUUUAAUGUUGUAGAUGCUUUCAUUGUACACCUUUUCUAUUCAGUCGGGUUAUAUUGUGAUCCCGUCCAAAAGGAUGCCAUUAAAUUCUUAACAGGUCUUAGAAAUAUCCACUUCUAAAUUCUUCAUCCUUUUGGCUAUUUCCGAAAUAUUAUAUCGUGGUCGUUGUUAGAAGCAUGCAUCUCGCUUCAACCACAUAUAUUGUGUAAAUUAAAGGGAGACGACAGUAUUUUUAUGAUUAUUACCAAUUACGCACAAGUAAAUGAAACUUAUAUGAGAAUUAAAUAAAUUUAUAGAUUAUUUUAAUGAUUUUUUGGAAUGAAUUUGCUUUAAAUAAAUUGUUUAGUGAUUUCGAAAUAAAAUUACGAUGAACAACCUACGUAUUAUAUUUUAAGUGUUUGAUUAUGAUAUUAAAAUGUAUUAAUUGAAUGAAUAUGUUUACCGAAUAAUGCUUGAAAUGGCGUUUCUAUAUUAAGUUUUAGGGAAAUAAAGUCGCCUGCGUGUCUUUAAAAAGGGGAACUACUGCAUAAAAUAUGCUCUAUACUCUUUGCUCACACAGGUUGCAAGUUUAGCGUUAUUAUUAUGUUGUUAUUGCUAUAAAAUUCAUUUUAAUUUAUAUUUCUUAAACAUUUCUAUUGUUAUCUGCGUUUUUUUGUGUUUGUGAAUCUCCAAUAUUAAUUGAUAAUUGAUGGCGUUUUAAUUUUUUAAUAUAUUAUGCUGCAUCUCUUAUGAAUAAAAAAGACAGAACGGGUAAACCGCUUCCCAUAGUUGACAGUUGCUCAAAUGAAGCAUUUAGUUCUGUGUAACGAAGAUAUAUUUUUCAUAUUAAUAAUUUGUAAUAUUACCAUUUAUUAUUAUUGUGUGCCAUUAGGGCGGUGUAAUUUCAUUUAGAUUAGAAAAGACCGUUACAAUCAUUCCAUUCCUUAUUUGAUUUCUAUCGAGUUGUUUAAAAAAGGAACGUUUCAUAAAUUAUAAUGUACUUUUUUUUCAGCCAGGAAAUUUUAUACCAAACAAAACCUAUAAACCUCAUUAAUUGAUUUUUUAAGGCUUUGACAUUAAUUAAAAAAAAUAGUUACCAACCCGUAUAGUUUUCCAUAUUUAUGAUAUCAUAAUCUCGAGAGUAGAAUGUUGAUGAAAAUAUGUAUGUAUAAUUUUAAUCGCUAGCCAAUAUUUAAGCCAAAAUACUCGUAGCUUUGUAUGGAGUCACUUGCGCUUUAACUUAUGUAGGCAUUACAACAAAACGAAAUCAACCUUAUGCAAAUUAUAUUAGGUAUUACCACGUUGCUGUUACAAUGAUGUUCCUCAAAACUACUUAUUGUUUAUGACCGGACUACAUGCAAAAUUACUGCGUAAACUAUCUUAACCUAUACGAUCCGGUAAGUUCUCCAGUAUACCAUAUUUCGUGUCAAAAGUUUUUCUCAUAAGUGAGGCGCACAGUAAUUCCAUAUGAUUUAAUAGUCUUAAUUCAGUUCUAUAUUGUAGGUAUUUUUUAUAUUAGGUAACGUUCAUACGCGUAGAUAGAACAUAUUAGGGAACGGUAUUGUAGAUGAUGUAACAUACCUACUUUUAAGUUUUUCAUAUCGGUGAAAUAACUUUUGCAAUCUGUGAAAUCUGCUGUCCCUGGGAUUUACGGCCAAUUUAAAAAGAGUGCUGACCCUUUCCUGAAAGGCUGGCACCCAUUAAUCGGCAGCUGUACCUUUUGAGGCAGCCCUGUAGGAUCGUUUGUCUCUAAAUCAUAUAAAAACUGCUAGUAAAAAUUAAUGUCCCUCUAUACCAUGGUUUUAGGGUCGAUUUCAAAAGUAUGAUGCUAUGUAUAAUUAUUAUUUUAGAACAAUGUUCAGUUCUAUCACCAAAGUGACCAUUUAUUCUGCAAUUGAUAAGAAAUGUAAAGGAGGAUAAUUACGGAAUUAUAACUAUUAAUGUUAUGUAUUUGUAUAUAUUUUUUAUUAUUGCCUUUUUAGAGCUAAUUCUAGCAUGAAUAUUGUAUGUGGAGAAUGAACUGGGUGGUUCUUGUAAUGGAUUAGAUCGUGUUGUCUCUUCCUGUGGUUAAUUAAAAGAAAGAGGUGUAUAUAACAUUUUUCUUUCGUAUAGCCAAGUACAUUCUCUAUGUCUUCGUAUUCUAGGCGAGUUGAAAUUGUUUAAUAUUGGUUGUGGUUAUUCGAACUUUUUAUUCCGAAUCGUUGUGAAUUUUGUAUGUUAUCUAUUUUAUUGCCAUUUUAAUUGUAUUAAUUUAUGCUAAGUUAUGUUGCAUUUUAAAAUCGCGUUUGGUGUAUGUGAGAGACAUUGUUAACAAAUUAAAUUUCGGGGGCUUUGUGGCUUUUUAAAAUGAAUUUAUUAAAUGAAUUUUCUAUUGAUAAUAAUUCACUAACCAGUUUCACAAAUUCUUAAUACCGUACAAUCAGAAAAAUACGAUUUGUAAACCUCUAAAGGUGCUUCGUUUCUUUAACACAUGAAUGAGCCGCUUUUGUCUAGUGAAAUGAAAUACACAUUUAACAUUUUGCUGUAAUUGUAUUUGUCACUGUCAAUUUGGCGAUUGACGUGUAAAUGCCAUUGUCAUUACUAAAAAUAUUACAACCAGAAAGUUGCUUCAACGAACUUACUAAUUGGUGUUUGAAAAUCGGACAUAGGCGCAAAACUAUUUGGAUGUUUGUAAUUUUAUUUUGGUUUCUAUACAAUUAUUAUAUUUGCCUUUAUCUAUAUCGUUAUUGCUGUGAUAUAGAUAAUAAGUCAUUGCCUUAAAGUUUAAAUUAUGCUAUGAACUAUAUACCAAGCAAUAUAUGUUGUUUUAUUCAAUUUCACGAAUUUAUUAAAAUUCCAUAUAAUUACAUUUUUUUUGAUAAUUAAUGGUACAGCCUGUCAAAUACAUUUACUGGCGGUGAGGGCGUCUCCUUCGUUGUGUUGCCAUUUUUCAAAACCUUGAAAAUAAUACUAUUAAUAUUGUAUGUAAGCUUUAAACGAGUGUUUGUUAUACUAAACACCGAACGCUUUCAAGACUACACUACAUGCCAGUAGUGGACAACUUGACAGGCGGUACUUACAAAAAAUCUUAUUAAGCUGUCUUACCUACGAACUGGUGUGUAUGAAAUAAAUGGGCUAUUAUUCAAAUUCAACACAGGAACACUGUAAUCGCCUCACUUUGACAUAUUAAAGAAAACUGCUCGCUAAUCGGUGUAAGAUGGAGGCUGUUAAGUAUAACUCCCGUAUGUCAAAAACGUAUCGGAUUUUAACGUAAAAGAGUCAAUUGUCACGACUCUGUAUUACCCUGAUUAUGAAGUUUCGAGCAAUUGACACGAAACAACAGACAGCUUUUAUACUUAUGUCUCCGUCAUUAAUGUGAGCUUUACAUGGAAUAUUCGACUGAUUGUUGCUAUAGAUGAAUGCUCAUUACACGUGUAAAGAUGGCUUUUAAAAUCAUAUGUUAAAUAUAACCUUUAAAUUGUCUUAACAACAACGAUGUCAAAGGAUUAACUUAUUGUAAUCUUACGAUCUUUAUCAAUAAUAUUUAAUGUUUCGAAAUUGUGAGAAUCUGGUGAAUUUUAAAAAAGUGGUUGUAAUAAAAAAUUAUCGAUGCUCUUGCUAACAAUAUUUUAAUUUAACGCACGAAUUUAUAUCUUGACUUAAUCUCUAAUCUUAAGCAUUUGCGUAAUGUUGAAAGAAAUGUGUAUUUUUUCAUAAUUUUUCGUAAACUUAACUUUAAGCACUCGCCUAACGUCUUACACACUACGCGUAUGUGAUACACCGUUUAUUGAUCAAUAAACGAUUAAUUUGUG